CUACCACCCUCGAGCUGCCAAGACUUGGAAAGGUUAACAAGGAAUAAAUUCUAACUCAUGAUCACCAACUCUUAAAGGCAAGUUUGAAAGCAAUUGCACCCUUCAUUAGUAGGUUUAAUUCCUUCAACCUAAUAAAAUUAUUGAUCAUCACAUACACCAAAUUGAAAACUUUGAAAAUAAAAUGGAUAGCAAGCAUGCAUAUAAACAACGGUCUUAUGAGGAUUUUGAUCCUAUUUUUAAAUGGCGUAGAGAACUAGACCGUGACACCGUUGAACUUCAUCUUCCAGGUUUUAAGAGAGAACAAAUGAGGAUUCAGGUGAACCAUCAUGGUUUUUUGGUGAUAAGUGGAGAACGUCCACAUGAUGGAACAACAUGGAAACGUUUUAAGAAAGAGUUUGAGAUUCCAAAAUAUUGCAAUGAAGAUGCUAUCCGUGGCAAUUUCAUGCAGAAUAUUCUUUCUGUGGUAAUGCCAAAGAGAGUUGAUCUAAUACCUCAAGAGGAGCAAGUCCAAGAAAUGCCGGAACUUGAAGACGACGAUGAAUAUCAAGAGAAAGCUUCGUAUAAGAGCUUAAAAUUUGGAGGAAGAAGUGGAGAAGAAGAGAGUGAAAAGAGAGAUAAAGAGAGACUAUAUGAAUAUGCUGACACAAGAGAAAACCAAUUUGGAGAAAAUGAUGUAGAAACUACUAGAGAUGUUGCUUUUAAAUUCAUGGUUGUGAUUAUUGUUGUCAUGGUUAUUGUAAAUUAUCUAGUUGAUAUGAGCAAAAGCCUCAUGGGUGAAGCUCAUUCCUAUUUUCAAAAUUAGAUGAGGUUAUAAUUUGAGUUGGCUAUGUGUAAAGUUUAAUGUUGUCAAAAAUGGAUAAAACUAUUAUAUUAUUAU